AUUAGAGUCGUACCGGUGGGCAGUUGGGCAAAGCCCACGGGUGAAGUAACUGAAGUGCAGGUUUGAAUAGCAGGCAGCGGCUUGCUGACUAAUGAGUGAUUGCGUGUUGCUGGGCUGGUGGGGGGUUGGUGCGUCUGAAUAGGUAGCGAAAGCUCGGAUAACGCGACAAUAGCCCCCGCUGAAACUUUUCACGCCGCCGAGCCGUGCGGCGGGCUGGAGGUGCCCGUGGGGGGGGGACGGCAGGUCGGGAUCCCCAGUCGCGCUGAAGCCCCUGCGAGCCGAUGAAAUUACCCGCGGUGCUGAUUGGCCCAUAACUUGUCAAGACCGGUUACUGCUGAAUGUGUCAGAACAAAGAGACGCAACGUAAUCAUACUAAUAUCCUUUAUUGAAAAGGCUUUCAUGUAACUCAUUAUGCUUUACCACAGCACCAGUAUAAAGGAUGGCUCAUGUAGGAGCAGACCUGCAGGAUCACAUACUGAAUAAAUGAACAUUGACUGAAGAACAAAGAAACCCAGUUUACACAAUUCUAACAUGCAGAAGUGCAGGAAGAAGACAAGAUUCCUUGGAAGUGCCUGAUAUUUUGCAAACCUCAAACUCAUGUGCUCAAUCUAAAAGCUGUGAAACAUCCCUGUUUCAAAGGCUUUUGUAGUUUAUAUUUCUGAGAGAUAGUUGGCACAGCCUUGUACUUCUUUAUAAAGGUGUUUUUGUUAUUGUCAGAGACAUGCCUACUCAUCCUUUAAUAUCAUACAUGGAAAGUCCCGAUGGACUGGGUCAAGAUACAGCGAAUACCAAUGCCAGCAUGCCAGGCACAGGCUCGAGCAUGACCCCGCACACCAGCAUUCCAGAGAAAGCUCUGGCUCAGGUGGAAGGGUGCACGCCCUUGGACUGUAUGUUCUGUGAGAAGACUUUUAAACACCAGGACGAGCUCAGCCCCCAUGUCCUGACCCAGCACCCAACCACCCUGUUUGGGCCGGCGGUUCUGCGCGUGGAAGCGGAGUUUCUGACUCGGAGCGAGAAAGGCAGGGCCAAGCCAACUCCUCCCAGUGACAAGGAGGAGGGCGUCAGCUGCGAGGUGUGUGGACAGCCCGUGAAAGACGCAGCGGAGCUGGAGUGUCACAUGAAGAAGCACAAAGACUCUUUCACUUACAGCUGCAACGUUUGUGGGAGGCGUUUUAAGGAGCCCUGGUUCUUGAAAAACCACAUGAGGACACAUGGGAAGCCGGGGUCAAAGAACAAGGCGCAGCAAGACCUGGAAACUCCCGUAACCAUCAACGAUGUUGUCCAAGAACAGACAUCGGUCAGUGUGAUUUCUCCAUACAAGAUGUGCAUGGUUUGUGGGUUCCUCUUCCACAAUAAAGAGAUCUUGAUGGAGCACAGCAAAAUUCACAUCCGGGAAUCUGAACCUGAUGAAGGAGUACAGGAAACGGACAGGCAGCGCGCAAGUGUUGCUCCAGCAUCCAAAGAAUCCUUCUUGCAAUUUGUUGGUCUGCGUUCCCGAUCCUCGGAAACGGAUGCAAAAUCUGAAAAGUCUGCAAAAUGGAUUGCCCAGCUUGACCCUUUUAACACCUACCAAGCCUGGCAGCUUGCUACCAAGGGUAAAAUAGCUGUCGGCCCAGGACAGACCAAAGAUCUUGGCCCGGAUGUCAGCACGGAUAAUGAGGACUCAUGUUCGGAUAAAGAGGAACUGAAUGAAAUCUGGUCCACAAGCAAGAGCGAAAAGGCGGUGAAAGAGGGCUUUGGACAUGAGCAGAGAUCAAAGCACGCAGGAAGGGAAACCCCUUCACCAGAGCUGGAUCAGAAGUCCGCAAGCAGCAAAGACAAGCCCACUCAGUGUGGAGACUGUGGGAAGACCUUCAGGACCUACCACCAGCUGGUGCUUCACUCGAGGAUACACAAGAAGGAUAGGGGUGGGUCUGAGAGUCCAACAGCCUCGAUAGAUGGCAAGCAGUUAAGCACAAGCUCCAGUGACAAUGGGAUGUUAGACAGAACUGAAGAGUGCUCUGAAGAUGGCUCAGAAGAAGGACUGCAUGGUGAUGCCUUUCAGUCAGAUAAAAGUGAAGAUGGUUCAGAAAAGGGAAAGAUGAAAAUUCUUGCAUCCUCAAAAGAAUGCAGCUACUGUGGAAAGAGUUUCCGUUCAAACUAUUACCUCAAUAUUCAUCUCAGGACACAUACAGGGGAAAAACCAUAUAAAUGUGAAUUCUGCGAUUAUGCUGCAGCUCAGAAGACCUCACUGAGAUACCACUUGGAGAGGCGUCAUAAAGACAAACAGCCUGUUGCUGAGCCCUCUAGUAAGCCAAUUCCAGCGUCACCAGCACCCGACGGGUCUGCGCCUGCCAAGGAGAAAUCGUCUCAGGAGAUCGCCAGAAUUGCAGCUGACAACCAUAAUGCAAAGCAGUCUAAAUCGUGGCCUUUGUCCACUGCGGGGUCCGAAAACGCAUCUCAUGUCGGGAUUCAGAGCGAUCUGGGCUCAAGCAAGACUGUUAUCAAGAAUUCCUGCCAACUUACACAGAGCAGUGCAGUUAAAACAGAUUGUGAGAAUUCAGCUGUUGCAGCUGGUCAUCCGUCAGGCUCGAGUGACGAAGCGCUUAAAAAACAUGCCUUAUCUCUCGACUCAAAGAUGGAAGACAAAGAAAUGAAAGAAGAGUCAUUUGAGGUGCCAUUAGAUUUGUCCUUUAAGAUGUCCCUUUCGGUUUCUGCUACCUCGGUGCCCAAGAGCACAUUACUCACCAAUACCUGUCCUUUGUGUACUUACAAAACUCUAUACCCAGAGAUCCUUCUAAUGCACCAGAAAUUGGUACAUAAAGAAAAGCUUGAUGCUCCGAAGAAAAAUGGCCUAAGAAGCUCCAUAGCUGCCCUCAAACAGAAACGGCACACCGGCUGCCCACCUGCUCUUGAGGGAAAUGACGUUCAACCCUUGCCGCCGUUUUCCAGGAAAUAUCCUCGCCGGACCAAAUCUCCGCCUCGCCAGGCAGCCAAGCCAGCGGAGAAAACGCAGCCAGCCCGGCCUUCUCAGGCAGCCGCGCGCGCCCCCGAGGCCGACUGCGGCAAGGCGGCCCAUCACGACGCACAGCGCUACUGGAUGGGAGAGGCUCACGGCAGCAGCCUCCGCCACGGGGUGACCGAUGUCCGGCAAGGCCAGUCGAGAUUCUCGGAAAAACCCAGAGAUCCCGAAGCCCACGGCAAGAGGGGCAAUUUUGUGGUCUCCAUAAGGCAGACCCUUGCGGACAGAGAAGGGCCCGGGCCCCAGAGCCAGCAGGGGCGGAAUGGCAUCGUGUGGCCCAGCGACGCGGCGAGAACGUGCCUCUCCAGCCGGUUUGGAAACCCACCACCCGUAGACUUUGGCGAGCCCUCCAGCAAGAGGAUCAAGUUCUCCGGGGCGCCGGUCUGCGAAACCUCGGAGACAGCCGGGCUGAGGAAAGGGGAUAGCUAUGGCAGGCUGCUGUCUGUGGGACGGGGUGUGAAAUCCUCAUCGCAGGCAAGCCCGCCUUCCAAAAUGCCUCAUGCCUUUUCGCCAGUCAAGCCGGUCUCUUCAACGUCGGCCAAUGGAAUGGAUCCAGAUUGGAAAGUAAUAAAUAUCCUGCGGUCAUACAGCCCGAGUGACCUCGCUUCGCUGUACAACACAGGAGUGUCUAGUGCUAGCCAGGGAACUGCGUCUGCUGCAUCAGAAGGGAACAGACCAUCGCUCUAUCAGCAUUACUCAAGUGUACUACAAAGGAGAAACAAUCCCAGCCCUAUGAGUAAUGCACGCUGCGGACCUGCUGAUAAGAAUGCUUAAAAUAUGAUGUGACAGAUGAUGGUUUGAAUGCUGAAGACUCCAUGACUUCCAUUUCGUUCACAACAUGGAAGCCUAGAGGAAAAGAGAGAUUCAACCCACUGGAAUAAGCUGUGACCUGUACAUAUCGGAAACACUACUGUUAUAGUGUUGGCAGUGCCAUUACAAAAACAUGUGUAAAUGUAUCUUUGCAUACACAACUUAACUUUCAAAUCAGUUAAAGCUUCACUAUAUUUAGAACUCAAAUAAAAAAAAAAGUUUGUGCCUAGAGAGAUUUGAGGAGUGGGGACAUAAUAGCGGUCUUGAGUUAUAUCUGUGGAAUUCAGGUCACGAUAAAUACGAUGUAUAAACUUAAAACCAUUUCCAGGUCCAGUAGGACUUAGUCAUCCUUUAGUUAUAAAGGGUAAAUCUUUUUUUUUCUUCCACUUUUUAAGUGCUUUAGAAUUAAAUGGGCUUGAAGCUGGCCUGCAGUGGUGCAGAAACAGAUAAGAGGCACUGUGCAGUGAUUUCUGCAAAGAAUUUCUAAUAGUAAUUAUAAUGUUAAUAAAGUUUAAAAAUGCAUUCUGUUGAGGAAGUCAGUGUUCUAAACACUUGGUUGUAUAGAAGUACUGUAUUCUAAGUGCUCGAUGAUGUAAAAGGACCGUUUGGCCAGGCUAUGAUGGAACACUUUGCACCCCUAGGCAGGUUCUCCUGGUUCGGUUUUUGCUUCCGUGAAUAGUUCUGAAUGUUGGUUAUUCUCUGCUGGAGCUGACAGACUUGCCUGUUAGCUGCUUGUGCUGGCUCUCACUCGCCUUUUAGUGCCAGGAAUGACUUCCUAGAGUUGCUUUCAGAGGCUUCGUGGGCACAUUGUUACUGAGCUCUUUCAGAAGGAUUCAUUUCAACUUUGCUAAAGGAGCCAUGUCUCCCAUUGGUUUGAGCAAAGAUCAAGAACAUGCCAGGUAUGGGGGGCCUGUUAUACUAAAGACCAGCGAUUUUCUUAAAUACUGUUGCACACACCCCUUUCUACCCUAGUUCUCUAAAUGGCCGUUUACAAUGAGGAGUGUAGAAGUCGCCAUGUAGUUCAUCACAUAAAGUGUUGGUGAAACAGCAGAAUUACAGGUGAACCUGCCUUUACAGACUCACAGGGUUAAUCUGUGAUUUAAAACACUACUCUUGCUCUUCCUCACUAUAUUACAUGAAAAAACCUUAUAUUGAAGACAUGGACCAAACCCCCCCCCCAAAAAAAAAUAAUAUACACCAUCAGUUUAAUGCACUAUUAUUUUGAAGUUACACAAUUUAAUUACAGAUCCUUUUGGACAAAUAAACAGUGAAAUUCAAUAAUGUAGUGUACUCUUCAGCUAGAUUUUUUUGGCACAAAGUGUUAGGUAAUGCUUUACACUAAACCUUGCAUUGUGCUCUUUCCACACAAUGUCCUAAAACAGUUAUUUGUACCUGGGAUCUAUUUCUCCUUGAAGUGAGAUUUAAUUCAUUAUCUGCAGCGACACUGAGAUUUUGGAUAGAUCUGUAAUAUUUACUUGCCUAGUCUGGGGAAACUUUGAAUUCUGCUCUUCAAUGUGGAAAUAACCUUCCUUUGCAUCCUUCAUGUUGAACAAUUACUUGGUUAAAACCACACUCAGGUUUAGAUUCAGACCAGACUAUCAGUUGUGCAGAAACAAUGAAAAAGUAGGUAUGUUUUCAAGGAAUAGCAGGCACUGAUAAAUGCUUUUCUUCACUGCUUUUAAAAUAGUCCUCUGCCUUUUAUGUUUCUGGAUGUGACUCUUGUUACUUCCACAAUACUACUGUUACAACUGUAUUCCUGUAUUAGUUUUUUUUUUAAUAAGCAUUGCUGGGUAUGCAGUUGAGCAAUGGAGAUUAUGAAUUACUGGGAAGAUUGGAUUAACAUCCCUUGCAGUGAAAGAAAUCUGUAUUGGCCUUCAGGUACAUUUUGUCUAAAUUUGUAUUCAUAUGAUUUAACAUGAAGCACCAUCUGAAUCCUUUCCCUUGAGUUUGAUAGAUUAGCACCCUUAGGAAAGUAAAUUGAUUUUUUUGUUGUUGGAAAAAGUGGUGUUAAAGUGUUUAUACAAAAAUAAGAUUUUUUUUCCCCUAUCUGUCCUGGUCUAAACUUGAAACAUUGCUCAGUGUACAGUUUCAUAUUGGUACGUUGUUAUAUGUCUGUUUCUUACAAUAGGAUGUGGAUUGGAAAUGUGAAUUUCUCCUGAAUGCUGUAUUUUAAUCAAUUGCAUUGUUGUCUUAUGAUUUCGCACAAUAGCACCACCAUGUUCAAAUGUGUGUGCAACUCCAGAUCGAUCAUUAAGAUUGUGCUAAAUGAACCCAAAGACCUGUUAUAUACCUGUUGCUCUAUCUGAAUAUAAUGCAUAGUUGUUUUUAGACUUUGCAGAACAAAAUCAGAAUGUUGAAUUGCCUCAGUAACAUUACUUAAAUGGUUCUCUUCAUAAUAGAAUCUGUCAAUACAUGAUUGUAUUACUGGAUUUGUUUAAAUCUAGUUAGGUCUUGUUCCUGAGCUGAGCCAUAUGUACAUAUCCAAUAUAUAUAUUUUUUAAUUUUGCACUUUCAUGGAAUAUUUUGCUAGUUUAUACAGUUUUGAUAUAAAAUUGUUCAGUUACCAAUAUUUAUUGUGAACCUGUUGCUGCUUUUUCCCCUCUCGCUUCAAGGUUUUUUGGCCACUUUAACAACAUGAGCAGUGUUCAGCUGUCGUUUGUUACAGCUAAUGAGUUAUGAACUGACUUUAAAUGGGGGUCAAUCUAGCUAUUGGAAACGCAAAAUUAAAAUUCAAUACAAGAAAUGCAUUUCUACCUUUUUUUAAAAUAGCUUUUUAUGCGUUUCUAUUUAAAAUAUUUAACAUUUGGUAUGUUUGAAUAUAUUCCAUUUUUUCUUUUUUUUUGAAAUAAUAGAAGUGUCUAAAACUUAAAGUUAAAAACUAGGGUGUUUGUAGGAUAAAUCCUGUUACUUUUUGCAGGAAAAGUAAUUAAAACUAGAGUGCAAAUCCUAGUUUUUAUAAACAUUGUAGUUGCUGAAAAAGUCAGCCUACCUAAAGUGAUGAAAUGACAUGAAUCCAUCAGUAUUAUGCACUGGGAUAAAUGUAGUCUUCUUACAGUGUAAUAUACAGUUUGAAUAUUAAGGUACCAUUUGUUAUUUUAUUUAUUUCAUGAUGUGUGAAACCUGAAGUAACUUGGGUGUAAGCAGUAUACUUAAUUUGUCUGCUGUACUUCAGAUGAAACCUGUCACUGCAUUCACUUGUAAAUAUAGAUCUAGUGUUUUGCAA